AUGCCGAUUACACCUUUGCUGUUGUCCUUCGAUGCCUUCCUCGACGGGUACUCAGCAUUGGUUAAAUUGCUGGAGAUAAUGUUCGAUCCAUCAGCAGCACUGAGUAGUCGACACACCUUGUACUGUUUGGUAUAUCCACAUCACACCCAACUCAUAUAUAUUUUUGCGCUUUGCCUUACAUACAUGUGCGGAGCACUCACUCCCAAACACUCACACGUGAUCCAGACGCGGCUCAUUUCUUCGUAUUACCUUGUGUGUGUGUGGGGUGGAAGUAUUGGGUUGCACAUUUCAAUGUCGGCCGCUGUCAUGAUCGCCCCACACCAGUAA